UAGGGAGUCAGAGACUGACUCGGGAGGAAGGGGCGGGCGGAGACAGAUUAGAUUAGAUGGGUCAAGUUCAAAGCGAGGCAGCAACAGCGGAUCGCUACUCUGGUUCUGGUGUCUCCUCCUCAUCCUCAUCCUCUCCUUCCGCUUCCACAGACUCUCCUAUUGCCGUGGAAGCUGCAGCAUAUGGCAAUGACGGAAAUGAGUCUCUUGAUGCCAAGGCUCACAAGGCACUGGAAUGCCCCUGCAUAGCUGACUUACGAAGUGGGCCCUGCGGACUUCAGUUUUCAGAGGCCUUUCUCUGUUAUCUUAAGAGCACAGUGGAAGAAAAGGGAUCAGACUGUGUGCAUCCAUUUGUAGUUCUGCAGAAUUGUAUUAAAGCUAAUCCUGAUGCCUUUUCUCAAGACAAUUUAGAAGAAGAUAAAAUUAAGAAAGAUGACGACUACAAAAUCUACCCCCCGACAUGGUCCAGAGAAUCUCAAAGUCCAAAGUCCAAGCUUUAGGGAAACCUCUUUCACCGCUCUUUUUUUUUCACUUUUCUUAUAACAAACAGUGACCAUUGACUUUGUUUAAAGUUGGCCCUUCAUUGAAGAUGCCCAAACAAUUUGAGUUUGUUUUAUUGGAAAGAUGGUUAAACAUU